UAGAAUUAAUCUGGGUUGGUGCACGGAAUUCCCGCUUCUCCCUCCUUUCUCUGAAUUGUCAACCUGACUGACUGCCGUUUCAUCUCUCUCAAACUUUGAACUCCCAAAACCAAGUCAAACAAGUAACACACACACAGACUCCAUUAUUUCCAUCCUCUCACUUUCCUCCUCAUUUCUUCUCACUUUUCUUCUCCGAUUCCUCGAUUCAACAACAUACCUUCCUGCUACGCGCUCGUUCCUUCUUCUACAAACUCCGAAAGGGUUUUGUGGUUUCUUCGCUAGAUCUAGUAAUUAGAGUGGUGUUAUUUAGCAUAUGAACUCUAUUAUCUAGCUUGUUUUCGCCAUGGAAAAUCAACAAUUGGUGGAUGCAACUUCUCAAGCUGUUGAGAAGCUGCAAGUGGAUUCCUCUGCCAUACAGGAUGAACAAUCGAAGGAACAUGUGAAAGAUGUUAGGCCUGAGUCUAAUACUCAUGAGGGAACAAGUGACAGUGUUGUCGGAGAAUCUGAAUUGGCUCAGAGGAAAGAUGAGAGUACUAGGGAUUGGGAGUCUGGAACUGAACAAGAAAACAUAGAGGCUAAAUCUGAAACUGAAGUCAAUUCUGAUGGUAAGGUUGAUGCCGGUGGAGAUUUUGAGCCUAAAAGUCAAGAAACAGAUAUAGGUAAUAAUUCUGGACAGAAUGACUUGAUGAAAGAGGAGGAUGAUAGUAGAGAUGAAAUUCCAACUGAGGACAACAAUUUGGACCCUGUGUUUGAUGGAACUGAGAUUCCGGGAAUGGAAGCCAACCGGAGCACCUCUGGCCGUAGGUUCGAUGCAGGGCCGGACACUCCAGGUGUGGUUGAGAAAGCAGUUGCUCUUAAAAAUUUUGUUAAGCAGAAAAGUGCAGUGGCAGUCUCCAAUGUGCUGCGUCGCCUUUCUGGAAAAAGUGAUGAUGGUGUUGUGGGUAAUUCUGAGGGUGAAGGUAAGGAUGUUUCUCCUGAGAAGGCUGUGGAGAAAUCUGGCUGGAAUCCCUUGAAUUAUAUCAAGAAAUCGUCUGAUGUUGAUCUUGAAAACAUAGCUGAGCAGAGGGAUUCAAUAACAGAAGGUUCAGCACCACCCAUAGCAAUGAAAGGAAGGAUUAUGCUUUACACAAAACUAGGGUGCCAAGAAUCUAAAGAGAUUAGGCUAUUUUUGCGUACGAAAAGGCUUGGAUAUGUGGAAAUCAACAUAGAUGUAUAUCCCAGUAGAAAGGUUGAGUUGGAAAAGAUUUCUGGAUCGACUUCUGUUCCUAAGGUUUUUUUCAAUGAAAUACUUAUUGGAGGCUUGAGUGAGCUAAAGACCUUAGAUGAGUCUGGAAACCUUGAUGAGAAAAUUGACUUUCUGAUUGCUGAAGCACCAUUGUUUGAAACCUCAUCACCGCCUCAUUCUGGAGAAGAUGAUGAGUCCAGCACUGGAGCACCUGAUGAACUGGCUCUUAUCGUCCACAAGAUGAAAGAAACUAUUGCUGUGAAAGACCGAUUGCACAAAAUGCGCAGGUUCACUAACUGUUUUCUGGGCUCAGAGGCUGUAGACUUCUUAUCAGAAGAUCAAUAUUUGGAAAGGCAUGAGGCUGUUGAUUUUGCACGAAAGCUUGCCGGCGAAUCCUUCUUUCGGCAUGUUCUUGAUGAGAAUCUAUUUGAGGAUGGUAAUCACUUGUAUCGAUUUUUGGAUGAUGAUCCAAUUGUGGUGUCACAAUGUCACAACAUUCCUAGGGGCAUAAUUACCGUGAAGCCGAAGCCUCUGGCAGAAAUUGCAUCAAGGCUAAGGUUUCUCUCCAAUGCAAUGUUUGAAGCCUUUGUUUCUGAAGAUGGACGAAUUGUUGAUUAUACAAGUCUGCAUGGAAGUGAGGAGUUCGCAAGGUAUCUGAGGAUUGUCGAAGAGCUCCAACGAGUAGAAAUAUUGGAUUUGUCUAGAGAAGAGAAGCUCGCGUUCUUUAUUAAUCUCUAUAAUAUGAUGGCCAUCCAUGCAAUCUUGGUACUGGGUCAUCCAGAUGGGGCACUGGAAAGAAGGAAAUUAUUUGGAGAGUUCAAAUAUGUUAUUGGUGGGUCCACCUACUCCCUUUCAGCUAUUCAAAAUGGCAUAUUGAGGGGAAACCAGAGACCACCAUAUAACAUGACGAAGCCAUUUGGUGCUAAAGAUAGGCGUUCAAGGGUGGCACUUCCUUACCCUGAGCCUCUUAUUCAUUUUGCUUUGGUGUAUGGUACCCGAUCUGGGCCUGCACUGCGGUGCUAUUCUCCUGGAAAGAUUGACGAAGAACUAUUGGAUGCAGCUCGUAAUUUCUUAAGACAUGGAGGGGUUGUAAUAGAUUUUACUGCAAAGGCUGUACAAGCUACCAAGAUCCUUAAAUGGUAUAGUAUAGAUUUUGGUAAGAACGAGGUAGAGGUGAUCAAGCAUGUGUCAAACUAUUUAGAUCCAGCAGACUCAGAAAUAUUGUUGGACCUGCUUGCUACUUCUGAGUUGAAGGUGACAUAUCAGUCUUAUGACUGGGGUUUGAACUGCUAGCAUGUGCUAUCAAAGUUCUGUUACUUAGACUGAUACAAAUUUUUCUAUUAGUCAAAUUACCAAAAAAUAAAUCAAUAUCUUGUAAACUUUUCCGACCAGUUUUUACCCUCUUUACAGAGGGGUACAUGAGGAAGACCAAAGGUCCACAGAAAAUAUGUAUCUAUUGCUAUAAGUACUCGAUACUUGUCCUGUUGUCCAUACUUUCAAGUUUAAUGCAACUUAUGAUGGUCCAUCACAUAUAA